GAUCUGCUGUGAGUCGGGAAUUUGACUUGCUGUGACCGGUUACCAGUCAUCACUCGGUUAUUUCCCAUUCGUGUGCGAUACCGGGUCGACCAUGAGCGGUCCUUUCAAGAGACGCCCUUCACUUAAAGCGCUUCCACCUGUCGGUAACAUCAGAAGAUCUUCGAUUAGGCGACAAUCGUCGGUCGGAUUACCGGGCAAACCGGCAACGGCAACAUCCGGACCGCAAGAAGUACCAUGGGAUGUCUUGGAUCGGUGUUUUUUACCGGUCAUAUUUUGCCAUGCGGCCGCGUUUACUAUUAGCGUAAUGUUAAACGUUCUUCAUGUGACUGAAGUGAGCACGUUGACAUUGUUUAUUUGGUUUAGUAUAGCUACUAUAGGUGCGGUUUUGUUUUAUCACAAUUUGAAGGUAACAGCUGCAGGAAAAGCUGUCCUGAUCACGGGCUGCGACUCACGUAUAGGAGGCGCCCUCGCUAGGCACCUGGACGAACAAGGGUUUACAGUCUUCGCUGGAUUCCAGAAUGCUGCCGACAGCACAAUGUCUGGCGAGCUGAAGGAAGUGUGCUCCGGUCGAUUACACGUUCUCCAAUUGGACGUCACUUCGGAAAGGGAUAUCCUGGCUGCCUCGCUCAGUAUCGUUGAAAACUUACCAGAUGGCGCUCCCGGUCUAUGGGCCGUCAUACAUGCCGCAUCUUGGGUGGCGUUGGGCGAAAUUGAAUGGGUUCCACCCCAGGUGAUCAAAAAAGCGACCGAAAUUAAUUUCAUUGGACCAACAAGAGUAACACAAAUCAUGCUUCCCCUGGUACGCCGUGCACGCGGUCGUAUAAUCUACAUGACAUCUGGAUUAUGCAGGGUUGCAUCUCCUGUUCGAGGAAUUCAUUGCGGCUUAUUAGCAGCGGUGGAAUCCCAAGCUGAAUGUUUGAGAAAGGAACUCAGAUCUCGGGGCGUAGACGUUGUAGUCGUGGCGCCAGGAGAAUUUACCGCGGGAAAUUCUUGGAUUUCCGAUCAACUUAUUCUGGAACAGGCUAAAGAAAUGUGGAAACAAUUGGGCACGGAACAGAAAAAUGAAUACGGAGACGGUUACUUUGAAACGGCAGUAAGGAGUUUGGAAAAGUACUCAAAAUCGCAGGAAGCUGACUUGACUCCGGUGCUGAAAGCGCUCACUGAUGCAGUUACUCGCACUUUUCCGCUUAACAAGUAUACUCCAGUGACAAGAAAGGAAAAGGUCAAGGCGUUCGUCGCAGAACAUUUGCCGAGAUCGGUAUAUGAUCUCGUUUAUGCAUAAAACAGAGACGACGAACAAAAACGGAAUCUUCAAUCCAAUCUCCCAUAGCGUAACGUAGAAGCAAAUUUAUUGUGAAUAUUAGUUUUGGUUAGUUUUAAAACUGAAAAAGCGAAACAAACACGAAAUGUAUAUCGAUUGAUAUGUGAAUAAAGAAGAAAAUGGAGAA